CCUCCUCCUGUGUUCCUCUUCCUCCUCUUCCCUGCUCCAUCACCUGCGCCACUCUCAACAUCGUGUAACUCAUCUUGUUUCUCCUCCUCCUCCUCCUCCUCCUUCGUGGAUCGUUCAGUCCCCUUCAGGAUUUCCGGAUCGCGCGGACUCGCGCCGCAGGUUCCUGUGCGAACGGUCACAUGACGCCACUGUUGCCAGUUCUGGGAACUUCAGACUAAUGUGAACCCGGGACCUCCCUGCUGGUCAUCAUGGGAUGUGGCACCUCUGUUACCACGGAAACACAAGGGAAGAAAGUGGAAACGGGUGCAGCUGGUUUGCAGGAGAGUGCAGAAAAUCUGUCAGGCUCAAAAGAUGAAGCCGUGAAGACGACCACCCCGGCUCUGACUAUGAAGGCGGCAGUUUUGAUCCAGCGAUGGUACCGGCGCUACAUGGCCCGUCUUGAGAUGAGACGCAGGUACACGUGGAACAUCUUCCAGUCGAUAGAGUACGCCGGAGAACAGGACCAGCUGCAGCUCUCCAGUUUCUUCAGUUUCAUGCUGGACAACGUCACUCAGCUGAAUGGAAGUGGGCCAGACCUGAUCUCCCAGCUGCUGGACCCGCUGGUCGACCCCUGGUUGGACAGAGAGAGGUGCUACGACCAGAUCCCCGUUCCGGAGUCGUACGCCGGGCCCCGACUGUCGUUUCCUCUCUCCGUCUCUGACACGAACGCUCUGCUCAGUGCAUUCAAAGAGCAGCAGACUCUGCACGCCAGAUAUGUUCUGCAGCUGCUGUACGAGACCAAAAAACUCCUGAAGCAGAUGCCCAACAUCAUCCACCUGUCAACAUCCUACAUCAAUGAUAUCACAAUAUGUGGUGAUCUACAUGGGAGGCUUGAUGAUUUACUGCUCAUAUUUUAUAAGAACGGCCUCCCCUCUGCGGAGACGCCAUAUGUGUUUAACGGGGACUUUGUGGACCGUGGGAAAAAGUCAAUGGAAGUGGUCGUCCUCCUGUUUGCUUAUCUUCUGCUCUACCCCGACUACAUGCACCUGAAUCGCGGAAACCACGAAGACCACAUCAUGAAUCUCAGAUACGGGUUCACAAAAGAGGUGAUGCAGAAGUACAAGACUCACGGCCACGAGAUCCUGCAGCUGUUUCAGGACAUUUUCAGCCUCCUGCCCGUCGCAACAGUCAUCGACGGGAAGAUCCUGAUUGUACAUGGAGGAAUAUCGGACCAGACUGACCUGGACUUCCUCAGCUCCAUAGAGAGACACAAGUUGAAAUCUGCGCUGAAGUUUCCCCGACGCAGUCUGGAGCAGCUGGACAUCGGUCAGUCCUGCAGACAGGCAAAAAGAAUGAGAUUGACAGACGCCUCUCGUCCCAGCAGCAGUCGAAGCCAAAGCAAGAACCAAAGGAACCAAUUAACACCCAGUCUGAGGAAGAGGCAACGUGGGUUCAGCCGACAAGACAGCGCCGCCUCCAGUUCUUCCUCCUCCUCCUCGUCCUCCUCCUCUUCCAUCUGCUCACCUCGGACUCCAUCCUGCCUCUCGCCUCGUCCGUGCCCAUCUUCUCCCAGCAUGCCUUACACCAUCAAUGUCCUCCAAGUGCCUUUCCUGGACUCUCUGUCCUCUGUUCCCCCUCCCGCACCGCCGCCGCAUGAUCGGGAAUGGAAACAGAUAGUGGACAUAUUGUGGAGUGACCCCAAAACCCAAGCGGGCUGCAGUCCCAACACGUUCAGAGGAGGAGGCUGCUACUUCGGCCCUGACGUCACCCAGAGGCUGCUGCUCCAACACGGACUCCAGCUGCUCAUCAGGUCCCACGAGUGCAAACAGGAGGGAUAUGAGCUCUGUCACGGUGGACAGGUGAUCACCAUUUUCUCCGCGUCCAACUACUAUGAGGAGGGAAGUAACCGCGGUGCAUACAUCAAACUGGGGAGGGAGCUGGUUCCCCGCUUCUACCAGUACCAAGUCAGCCGCACAACACGCAAACUCACCCUGACUCAGAGCAGAGUCCGAGUGGCUGAAGGCUCCGCUCUCAGGGCCUUGAAGGAGAAGCUGUUCACCCAUCGCUCUGAGCUGGUGACGGGCUUCCAGCAGUUCGACCAGAACAGCACCGGUCAUUUGUCGGUCAGUGAGUGGGCUCAGGUGCUGGAGUCUGUGCUGAGACUGGACCUGCCCUGGAGGACUCUCCGUCCACACUUGUGCCGUCUGACAGCAGAUGGCAGUGUGGAGUAUCAGUCCUGCUUUGAGGACAUGAGCACAGGGAUUGCUCUGCCUAUGGUCGCUCCAAACUUGGCUGAAACUCUGUUCAGAUACAGGACGGACAUCGAGAUAAUAUUCAACAUUAUAGACAAAGACCAUUCAGGUCUGAUCUCCACCGAGGAGUUCCGUCACACCUGGCGUCUGUUCAGCGCUCACCUGGGCGUUGACAUCGACGACAGGGCCAUCGAUGAGCUGGCUCGCAGUAUCGACUUCAACAAGGACGGCAGCAUUGACUUUACUGAGUUCCUGGAGGCCUUCAGAGUCGUACACAAACUGGACAACAAGGAUCAGCCACUCAAGUGUUCGUGAAGGGAUUGAUCGGAAUACUGAAACUUGGAAGUUGUGAUCAGUAAAGAAAAGAAUGGAAAAAAGGAAAGUAGGAAAGCAAAAAUAAAGACAUUCUCACAUCUCAUGGGAAUCAGUUUAGAAGUUUUAGAGUAAUCCAGCUGAUAUAACAUAAUGAUGUACUUACAUUUAUAGUAUGGGUUCCAAUUAGGGUCACAAAGCUUGUGAAGCAAUGUUCAGAAACAGUUUGUAGCUGUAAAUAAGGUUUGUACAUGUAUAUAAACAUAUUUGUAUUUGUAGAAUAUAUUUGUAUUUGUAUAAAAAAGUAGAUGUGUAAAGGAGAUUUGUAUUUGUAUAAAAACAUUGAGAGUGAAUAAAACAUGUAAACAACUGAAAAGCUGAAGUUAAAUUAUGAAUUAUGACAAGAAGAGUCCAAUCAGAGUGCAGCUGGUUCUGUCAUCAUUCAAGUGUUGAUCUCCGACGACCUCGGUGAGUUUGCCUUCGUACACGUUAAACACAUUAAAUGUAAACGUGUGUUCAUGAUGUUGCAUGUUUUAGCGUUAAGGUCAUAGUGCUGGUGUUGACUGGACUGAAUUAUAAUCAGAUGUGUUUAAUAUGUAUGUGAGUGUGUUGGGUGAAAAAUGGUUCAACAUAUAGCUGUCACGACUUCAGCCAGAUCUUAACAGUUUCAUUGUCUGUUUUCUUAUUUUGUGCAUCACUAACUCUCAUGGCAUAUCAGAUGGCAGCCACUCCCUUCUGCUCUGCAUCACGUAGUCACACGGAUAUCAUUACCUGCCCCACCCCCAGACUCCAUUAGUCAUUACUCACCCAGUAUAUCUACAAGCUCAUUCCUUUGUUCUCUGCCAGAUC